CAUUUUACAAUAGGUAUCAGUUCCUGUUUCCUUAAAAACACCUGUUCAAAGUCCAUCUGCAUGACCAGAGAAACAAGCUGGGGUCAAACGGUUUCUCCCUCUCCAUGCCUCAUAAGGACCUCAUGAUUAUUUCUUUCUCAAUGAAUCACCAAAAUCAGCCCGCAGCAUGAAAAGCUGGAGCAGCAGAUUCAAGAGACAAGACCCUGACAGUGUGGUCGAGUCCUCCUCUAGCAAGAGGAACUCCAUUAGUGAUCCACCAGUGCCUGUGUGGGUUACUCACACACCCACACCAGAUAAUAUCACAGAUGACGGUGAUACUAACUCCACAGGCCGAACUGCCAGCACUCCACCGUACGCGGAGAAGGAAGAGAAUAAAGGUAGCAUGAAGGACAGACUGAAAUCACUCAUCCCUCAGUCAUGGGGAGGCAUCAUCCAUAAAUUGACAAAGGAAAGUGACAGUUUUAAUGACUCUGAAGCCAGCAGCAGUAGGAUUCAGAUCCUUCCUAAUGGGACCAGGGUGAGUCCUCCUGUAAGUCCCCUAAGGGAGCGCAGGAACUGGGGUGAUUCACUGGGCAACUCCAGCCAGAACUCUCAUAGGCCUUUGUUAAGGGAGAGCCCCUCUGAUGAUCUCCUGUAUCAGAGCCCACGAGAGGAAUCUCUCCUGACCAGUAUCCACCCUGCAGAGUACUACGCUGAGAAGCUGGAGGUCUAUAACCAGAAGUACUCUUAUUUGAAAUCCUGGCCAGGGUUGCUCAGACUUCUUGCAGGACUUCAGCUUCUUUUUGGGGGCAUGGUCUUUGCCUGCGUCAUCGCGUACAUCCAGAAAGACAGCGAGUGGUCCAACAGCUACGGGCUCUAUAAUGGUGUUUAUAACAAUGGGCUAGGCGUGUCUGGGUACAGCUACAGAGGCCCCAUGACUGCCUUUGUACUGGCUGUAGCUGGAGUCUCCUGGAUUAUAACCUUCAUUCUCCUAGUGAUGGGAAUGACGAUGUAUUAUCGCACCAUCCUCCUUGACGCGCCCUGGUGGCCUCUGACGGAGGCCUUCAUCAACGUGGCACUGUUCCUGCUUUACAUGGCGAUUGGGAUUGUUUACCUGAACGACUUGAACCGCGGGGGGCUGUGCUACAUGACAAUAGGCGUUAACCCCAUCAUGUCCAAUCUGUGUCGGGUUGACGGGGGCCAGAUGGCGGGAACGGCUUUCAUCUUCAUCAACAUGGCAAUGUAUCUGGGAAGCUUCCUGGUGUGUCUGAAGAUGUGGAGGCAUGAGGCUGCACGAAGGGAGAGGGAGUACUUUGAGAACAAGCCCCAGGAGGAGUUUCACCAGUCCAUCCGACUAACCCCUCAGAAAACAAAGCGUAUAUCAUUCAAGGAUGAAAAAGAGAUGACUCUGAGUAAAGAUUAUAGAAAUCCAGAUGCUGUUAUCUCUGAGGUCCAUAAGAACCCAGUCAGUGUGAACAGAGCCACAGCGUCUGAAUACACGCCUAAAGUACACAUCAUCGCAGACUACAUCAUAAAGUAUCCAGUGAUCAGCUGUGUGGAAGAAAGAGAAAAAUACAAAGCAGUUUUCAAUGACCAGUUUCAGGAAUACAAAGACCUCCACAGGGAUAUCGGCACCACCAUUGAUAAGUUCAUACAGCUGGAUGCUACGAUGGCACGACUCCUCAGAGAUGGAAAAAGCCAAGAGGAUCGGCAGAGGAUUCAAAGCAUUCUGAAGAAGUAUCAGGAGAAAAAGAGUGACCCUGGCUUCCUGGAGAAAAAAGAACGCUGUGACUAUUUAAAAGCUAAAUUAAGCCACAUCAAAAACAGAAUACGCACUUUUGACCUGGAAGCCAUGGAAAAUGACAGCGAUAUCCUCAAAAUCAUGUAUGAGCCUCGGUACUACGAUAGCCCCCCUGUUUACAGCCCGCCUUACAGCACCAACUCCCAAAGCUUUUAUCCCCCCAGAAGUGUCCACUCCCCCCAGAGCCAGCAUGUCCCCGACGCCUACAAUGCCCCCCCUGACUCCAACUACAUGGAGGAGAAGCCUCAACACUUCUACCGCUGGUUUUCUCCUCCUGGUUUCGUCAAAACCUUCGAAGGAGCUACAGUACUCAUGUGUUUUCUCAUCUUCGCCUGCGUGGCUUCGACCCUGGUGUGGGACAUGAAUGGGUUUGGGUACGGGGGCUACGGUGUCGGGGCUCCAGGGGGGGUCGCAGGGAUGGAGUCGGGAUAUUAUGGAGGCAGCUACGGCUAUGGUAGCUCCUACAUGACACCACAGUCUGCCAAGUCGGCGAUGAUUUCCAUGGCGGCCAUUAACUUCCUUGUUUCACUCGGCUUCCUGGUGGGGAGUUUCUCACGGUCACGGAUCAUGAGGGGAUGCAGGUUCUACCUCACUGUGUUCAUUUGUAAUAUCAUCUUAGCUGUCCUUCAGGGCAUCAUCGACAUCAUCUUUGUGAUCGGGGUGAACCCAAUGUCUCAGAGCUCACAGAGCAUGCUGUACAAUCCCAUGCUGAUGAUGUGCCAGAACAUCCAGGGCAGCCCCAGCCUCAGCGGCAGCGCGGGGGCCGGUUUUCCAGGCGGGUUCCCCAUGUACAACCAAUACCUGCACCACUACUGCUACAUGGACCCCGAAGAGGCGGUGGCGUUAGUGUUGGGUCUAAUGGUGGUGUUGGCCCUGUCCCUGUCUGCUUACUACGCCUACAAGACCCGCAGCAAGAUUUGGCGUCACGGCAAAGCUAACAUCUACUGGGACGAGCCGAUGGUCAGGUCUUCAGAGGGCCGGGAUGUACAGGAUUGGGUGAACCUUGUUGGAGAGGUGCGCAGCACCCAGCAGGCACCAACUGUUGUUCUAUCAGAGAGAGCAGCACCUGACCUGAGGGCGGAGCAGAGUGUGGUCUCCUAUGGCAACAGAACAGUCAGCAUCCACAGUGAGGGAAAUUAUAAAAGCCAAAGUUUCUCUGCUGACAACAGUAAUCGUCGGGUCGCAGAGCCUUUGUACCAGAACAGCAGGGUCCCGGUUUGCUCCAGCAGCUCCUCAGACGACACUGACAGCAUCAGGAAACCUCCUCCCUAUCAUGUGGAGAAGGAGCAGAAAAAGGAACGAGUGCCCAGAUCUGCUGCUCGGGAGACGAUGGAGUCCCCGUAUGAAACUGGUUACACCACCGGAGACACUGCCAAUGAGCUGGACGGGGACCACACAGAUUACCUGUACAGGCUGUACCCUGAGAUAACUUCAGACAAGCAGCGCCGCCAGUACAAGAAGGAGUUUGACUCCGAUCUGGCCUGCUAUAAGAGCCUCUGUGCCGAAAUGGAUGACAUCAGUGACCAGAUGCACAAGCUGAGCCGAGAACUGGACAUGUUGGACAAGGACUCCAUGAAGUACCAGGGUGUGGCAGACGAGUAUAACCGACUCAAAGACCUGAAAAGGACGUCAGAUUAUCAAGCAAAGAAGAAAAAGUGCAAAGAACUUCGGCAAAAACUUUUCCACAUCAAACGUCUGGUGAAAAUCUUUGACCAAGGUCUUUGUUAGUGUGAAUUAAAAAAUCUUUCCAAACAGUUGAGGAAGAACAGUGACAGGGUUUGACCUGAAACAAGGAUUUAUCCUCCAUUUUCUCUCCAGUUUUACAGCUUUACUAUUUUAAUAAAGGAAUAUAAUAAUAGAAACAGUUUGGCCCAACAUGACCCUCAAACUGACCUUACAGUCACUGAACCUCAACUGUUUUUGACCCUAAUGUUUACAACCUCUGUAUUACUUUUGCAGCUGUCAGAGUAGAUUCCUGUCGAAUUAGAGCCACUGAUAGUCUUUUCUCUGCGUUGUUUUUACAGCAUGUUGUUAAAAAUUAAAUUGGUCUUGUUCGAUUUUACAUUUGAAUGUAUAUUUAAAAUAUAAUUAUUUUUAAUUGUUACAGAAUGUUGUAGUAUGGUAAGUAAUGAAUGGAAGUUUUUUUAUACAGAAAUAAUGUCAUGAAUGAGGAAGAUAUGAAUAGAAAUUAUUUAAAUAAAUUAGCAGUUAAGACAAGCGGAUUCAUUCACAUUCAUUAAAACACUUAUACAUUUAUGGUACAUGUUGCAGUGUUUAUUUUUGGCAUUCUUCAUACAGAUGUAAUUACAACACUUUUCAAGUAGUUUGAAAAAACAAAAACAUAACAAAAGACACAUUGUCAUCUUUUGAUUCUUUUAAUAACGUUGCCAUACACAUGAAAUUUCAAAAACGUAAGAACUCAGUAACACAAAGAUAAGAAAACAUUAAUAGCAUAUUUAUCUUUUUUUUCUCAAUGACAAGGUUGUGUGAGUUGUUGCUAAAGUAAGAUCAUGAAGCAGAGUUACAUCUUUCCACUUUGUGUUUUAAAACACUAAAUGCUGAAAUAUGUUGUAUUUGGAGUUGAUUUCAUUCUUCCCUGUCAAUUAUUUUACUUGUGAUUUUGUAAACUCGCCU